AUGCCGCCCUCCCUCGAACUCCCCUCGAUAUUCAUUGAUCUGCAAAUCCCGCUCCUCUACCUGAACAAUAUCUUCGCUCUCGCCAUCGGCCCGCAACACCAGGGCCUCAGGGUAGCUGUCAGUCUCCCUGUCCACAUCCUUCUCAUCGCCCAGUCUUUGUAUCGGCAAUGGCGCGGCCCGUGGGGAGACCACUACGCGCUGAAUUGCGUGGUGUGUAGUUGCACGUUCAUUUAUGUCGAUUGGGUGCUACUCAAGAGUCCGGAUAAGGAGGCAUGGCGUAAGAUUCAGUACGGUGGGUCGGGUUCCAAGGCGAAGGGGAAGGGGGUUGGAGGUGUGAAGGGAGGAGUGAAAGAGCAGGGAAAGGGCAAGAACGCUGCGUCAGUGCCACAGACGUUCUGGGGUAGGGUGUGGUGGGGUCUGAGAUUAUCGACGACGGCGCGGUACGUGGGCUGGUCUUGCGAGGUCAAGAAUGUGCCCAAGGAAGUCGAUGCCGGGUACUCACGAAUCCGCUUCAUCGCUCGCAAAACCCUACGAGCCGUGUUCUUCUACUUCCUCAAGGACUUCAUAUACGCAUAUGCCGCAGCCUCCCCGCACGGCACCUGGAGGGACAUUGCGCACCUGAGACCCGCGGUCAGCAACGCCGACGCGAGCUUCUGGUCCAGGUUCUCGUAUGCGUGGCUCCAUAUUGUUCUCGCGUACGCCGCUCUCGAGCUCUGGAGCACAGGGUACGGAAUCAUCAGCGUGGCUACCGGUCUCGCAAACCCGAGGGACUGCCCCAGCGCCUUUGGAGACUUGAAGCGAUUGGUCAGCGUGAGGAAUGCGUGGUCAGUGGUAUGGCACCAGAAUUGCCGGCGCGUUUGUUCGGCACCGGGAAUAUACGUAGCCCGCGACGUCCUGCGCCUUCCAAGAGGCUCCUUUGCUUCCAAGUACCUGCAGCUCUUCAUCGGGUUCGGCAUCUCAGCGCUGGUUCAUGGAGGCGCGUCGAUGCUUGUCCAUCGCUCGUUCGAGGACGACGCUGCCUUUGGCUUUUUCAUUGGUCAAGCGGUAAUCAUCAUGGUUGAAGAUCAUGUCAUUGACUUCGGCAAGCGACUCGGACUGAAGGACUCGCUCUUCUGGCGGUUGGUCGGCUUUUGUUGGACCGUAUUUGCUAUUGGGGCGAGCUGUGAAAGGUACACGUCGAAGAUGAUCGGGAAUGAGAUAUGGGUGCUUGAUCGCGCCCCGGACUGGUUUGGCAUUGGACCAGUGGUCUGA